UGGAAGACUACCUUAAUGGAGCUGAACAUGGGGUUAUCUACUUCAGCAUGGGUUCCAUGAUCCGAGCAGAGACCCUUCCUGAGGAUAAGAGGGACGCAUUUCUGCAGGCGUUUUCAGAGCUACCACAGCGAGUCCUCUGGAAGUGGGAGGGAGACACGCUUCCAGGAAAACCCAAGAACGUCAAGUUCGCAAAAUGGCUGCCACAGUUUGACAUUCUGAAUCACCCCAAAGUACGUGUUUUCUUGGGACAUGGCGGUCUGCUUGGUACAAUAGAAGCUGUCCAUGUGGGCGUUGCCAUGAUAGGCAUCCCAAUGUACGGGGACCAGGGUACCAACAUGAAGAUGGUGGAGGCAGCAGGCAUGGCUGUUAUCCUGCAGUAUAAGGAUAUAACCAAGGACAGUGUCCUACAGGCACUCAGGACCAUACUGGACAAUUCCAGCUAUACGGAGAAUGCAAAACGAACUUCAAGAGUAUUCCGUGACAGGCCGAUGUCACCCAUGGACACGGCUAUCUACUGGACAGAGUACGUCAUUAGACACCAUGGAGCACCGCAUAUGAGAACGGCUGGAGCUGAUCUACCACUGUACCAAUACUUGCUCCUGGAUGUCAUUGCUGUGCUUCUAAUAAUAUUUUUGGCAACUGUCUGUGUAAUUUACUACAUAAUCAAGAAACUUCUCUCACUUUUCCAUGGUAGAGCUAAAGCAAUCUCAAAAGACAAGAAACUACAUUAGCAGUAACUUCUAGUUUUCAGAAUAAUUGAAUUGUUCAUUUACAAAAACACACGAGUCCACUUUUGAGUUAUUGGUACUACAGCUAUCACCAAGGGCAAAGGGCAAAUGCACUGUUUCAACACAAAUCACAUUCGCUCCAAGUCUUUACUGUGCCUUAACUAUCUUCUGUUUCCCAUCAAAACAACAUGUCCUUUACUAAUGGGCACCCUUAUUUAUUGUCUGUUUCCGAAGGAAAACAUAAGUCUUGGACUCAUUAUUUUACUGUUAGGUUUAGGUUCUGACCAUAAGAAACCACUGAAACGCACACUAACUUAAAUUAGUCAUCCCAACAGCGAAAAAGACACAUAACCUCACAGUCAUGCAAUGUUCCUUAAAUAUGUGGAUAUUUUUAAACAACUCAAGUGCAAAAAUAAAUUUAGCUCAUAUAUUUGGGUGUAAACAAUGUUUGUGACAUAUAACAGGAAAAAAUUGGAAACUUAUAAUUAUUUUUUGUAAAAAUAAAUAAAAUUUUAACUAUACAGCAUGUGUGUGUGCUAACAUUUUUGUUUUGUUGUUUGUUUUCUCAGGAGUCAGUUUUGUAGACUUGUGGUUUUUCAAAUAACUGAUUCAAAUGUGAUGUAUAAGUUUAUAUAUUUGUUGUGAUCUUCCUUUUCUGGUGGUAUAAAUAAGCAAUUCAUACUGACAUGUUUCAAUGGCAAUUUGACAUGGAUUACUUUGCACAUUACGUAUGUGAUGAUUAAGAGACAUAAAGCAACUUCACUUCUAAAGGAAGUCUACAGUGAUGUAAUUGUUGUCUUAGGAGGAAAGACCAUGGUCAGUUAUUUUGGAAAUAAACUAUGAAUAAUUACAGUACUA